CACAUCAGAGGCGACAGCAAGAAAAAGAGCAAGAGAGACUCAAAACCUGUUGGACUCCUGAGGAAAAACCUGAGGGGGGAAAAGAGGGUGACAUUUUUGGGUAAAAACUUUAGAGCUGGAGUGACUGGUGUUUUUACCUGUUUGAGAAAAAACACUCAACAGAGCGAUAUCUCAGCAUUUACCUCCUGAGUGAACUCUGGUUUUUGAUCCUAAAUCUGUUGCACUGUAGGUUCGUCCAUCUCUGGGAUACAUUCACAAGAGGAAUCAACCUAUACUUCAUCAUCGCAGACGUGUCUUAUUUUGUGUUCCACCGUCCAGAAAGGGAUUUGUACAGAAACCUGGUGAAUCCCUGCUCGUACAACAACACCUGCUGCUCUCCCUCUGAAUCACAAACAGCAGCAGACAAAAAGGAGCGAGAGCGAGGAGGUGGUUUUACUCCCUGUUGAGCAUCCGACCACCUACCAGCCACUAAUUUCUACCACAACCUGCCACAUUAAUAAAGUAUAACCCCAGUGUGAGUGAGCAGGAAGAGCACCUGGAAGGAUUUGGACUUCAUUUUGGACCAGAACAAAGGUCUGAUCAACUGUUAAGACUCUGCUUGGCUUGGACUUUCUGUCUGUGUGAUGAUGGCUCGGCUCCAGCUGUGGGCUAUGGGGCUUAUGGCCACUAUGGCCUUGUUCGUCUCACUUGCCGCUGCCGAAGAUUCGGGCCUUCCUGUGGUGGAAGCAGAGAAACCAGGCCCUGUUGAGAUUGUGAAGAAGGAGACUCAUCCAGUCCUGUUCAGGCAGAAGAGAGAGUGGAUCUGGAACUCUCUCUACGUGGAGGAGGAGAAACCUGCACCCAUCGCCUACAAGAUAGGACAGCUGAAGUCGAGCCAGAGACUGGAGGUGAAGAGUUUUAUAAUAGAAGGCGAAGGAGCAAACGAAAUCUUCACCGUGGAUCACAAAGGAGACCUGUUUGUCACCAGAUCCCUGGACAGAGAGGAGAAGAGCUUGUACCAUUUGACUGCCAGGAUGUAUGAUGGGAACAAGAAGCUGAUUGAGGAUUCUGGAGACUUUGUUGUCCAGGUGACGGACAUCAAUGACAACAGCCCUGUUUUUCCCAUAGUAUAUAAUGGGUCCAUUAUGGAGAGGUCCAUGAUAGGAACUAAAGUAGUUGAGGUGAGGGCGACCGAUGCUGAUGACCCCACCACUGCUAACGGAGAGCUCAGGUACUCUCUGAGCCAAGACCUCUCUGCCUUCGAAAUCGACAGCAUCACAGGUGUGAUCAGCUGCAAGAUAAACAGUCUCGACCGGGAAACCAAGAGUCAGUAUGUGGUGGUGGUUAAAGCUCAGGACAUGAGAGGAAUGGCCUCUGGCAGCACAGCCACCACCUCUGUCAUCAUCACCAUCACCGACACCAACGACAACAUCGCUUCUUUCACCCGAAAGACAUAUGAACUACAGGUUCCAGAGGACCACAAGCUGAAUGAGAAGAUAGGCACUCUGGAGUUGGAGGACAGAGAUCAGAUUCAGAACAAGGAACCCAUCUUCACCAUCCCAAGUGACAUUGGCAAAGUGUUUAACAUUGUGCUCAGCCCUAGCAAGGACGGCAACGUCAUGCUCAACAAGGCUCUGGACUAUGAGACAACGAACAGCUACACUUUCACCGUUCAAGUGCGGGAAAACCUAAGAAACCUGCGUUUUCCUGCUGACAACAUGAACAGCGCUGUCACCACAGCACAGGUAAACAUCAAGGUGCUGGAUGUAGACGAGCCACCGGUCUUCUCCCAGCUCACCUACUCUUUCACUGUGGUGGAGGAAAGUAUUGUGAACAACAUAGGAAAAGUCACAGCCAGAGAUCCCGACAGAGUCAACAAGAACAUAAGGUACUCCAUUUUAGACAAGGACUGUCCCAUCAGCAUCAACCCGUUCACAGGUCAGCUGUCCACCCUGAGGAUGCUGGACAGAGAGCUGGAGGCCACACACGUGUUUCAAGUUAAGGCACAGGAGGAGCCAAAUGGUUUGGAGUCAUUUGUGAAAGUUAAUAUUACAGUGCAGGACAUCAACGACAACAAGCCUGAGCUGGCGGUCGAUGAGAUCUUCCUGUGUGAGAACGACAUCGCUGAUACGGUGAUAGGAACCUUGAGAGCCACAGAUAAAGACGACCAGCCAGCUUCCUUCACUUUCAGCCUGGCCAGUGAGAGCUCCAACUUCUCCAUCAAAGAUUAUGGCAACAGCACAGCCGACAUCAUUGUGAAAAUGGGGCCGUUCAGCCUGGAUGACCCCAAGGAUUACAGCGUGGAUGUGCGCAUCACUGAUGGAGGACGACCCAUCCAGACCAGCAUCACCAAACUGGCAAUCAAGUCGUGUCGGUGUGAUGCCAGGCGGAUUCCUACGCAGUGCAAAGCUGGUGCUCGGAGGAUGGGAGUGAGCGUUCAUGCCCUGAUCGCCAUCCUGCUCUGCAUCCUGACCAUACUGGUCAUAGUGAUCCUGUUUGUGAUGAGGAAACGCUACCAGAAGGAUUCUCUGGCCAGUAUGAAGAACAGCGGGGAGAUCCACGAGCAGCUGGUCACUUACGACGAGGAGGGAGGAGGAGAGAUGGACACUAAUGGCUACGAUGUCUCAAUCCUCUCCUCCGCUUGCCACGAUGGCUCCCUGCUCCGCCGCCCGGACCACCAUCCCCACCCCUCUCUCUACGCCAUGGUCCAGAAACCCUCUCAUCACUCCCAACCCACUGCAUGUAAGGGCGACAUGGCCGUGAUGAUCGAGGUGAAGAAAGAUGAGGCGGAUCACGACAGGGACGGCUUCCCGUACGACACCCUCCACAUCUACGGCUACGAGGGUCCCGAGUCUUUAGCUGGGAGUCUCAGCUCUCUGGAAAGCUCCUCCACCGGUUCGAACUUGGAUUACGACUUCCUCAGCGACUGGGGGCCGAGGUUCAGGACCCUGGCCGAGCUGUACGGCGUGGAUGCACCUGAGUACUACCAUCAAUACUAAUGGAGACCGUCUGCUAAGAAGCAUAUGAUGCCAAAUUACACACACACACAAACACACACACACAUUGAAAACAGCCAUAAAAGAUCCACUCACACAAAGCCAAAAGCGUGAAGUAAACAUACACAUUCACAGACACACACACAGAAGCAGGCUUUGAUGCUGUCCAUUUUGUUUCUGGACAAGAAUCUUUGAUCUAGCAGACAACCGAGUUCUCCAAAGACUUUUCCAGCUUCUGAAAACAGGGGCUGUUGUUUCCAGUGUAACAACUGACGUUUGUUGUCAGUUCAGUGAGUCUAGCUUGUCGAGCCUACCACGUCUGUUCACCACCCGUCAGUAAUAACUGUAGGACACUCGAUCGAGUUGAAUCAAGGAGUUUUUGUUUUCGUAGAUCUCAUUACUUGGUGACGUGGCGCCCUUUGCCUCCUCUUGGAAAGGUUUCUAAAGUAACACCAUGACAUGACGCCACAGGAGAAAGUCAGACCUAACUGCUUCACAGAUUUGAAAGACGAUUGUUGGUGACAGCGUGAGAUUCACACCGUGAGGAUGCAUUUUAUUCCAUCAUAACCCUUUUUUUCUACUUUAGGAGAUCUGGAAGUCCAAUCAGAAGAAAGUCCACUUAAGGCUGUAGCCAAUCAGAGUUUAUCUUGGAUAAUUGAUGGGUUAAUCAGUUCACUGCUGGCCAGCAAUGUUACUCAGUUGUUCAAAUUCAUGUCUCAGUUCCUUCAUGAAGCAUGUAUUGCAGUCAUUACUUUAAAAAGUAUACAUACUCUUAUAUCCUGGCUGAAAUUAAAAGAUCUGGACAUGAGCUCAUUUAAGUACUGUGCAUUGACUAAUAUUGUAAUUUUAAUAUAAAUGGACAUUUUAAAUGACUUCAUUUCUGUCCCACUGGGGAUGCAAAAUGGUGCAUUGCUAUACUCUGUCAUGCACAUCUCUUUGUUGCUGAUGGCCUGGAAGCUUUUUUUUGUUUUUUUUUUAAAUAUUUGACAAAAGGGCCACAACCACAACAAGAACGAGCUGGUUUUAUUUUUGAUGUGGAGUUGGUGAUCUGAUUUGUAAAUAUGAUCACUUGAGGGGUUUAUUAAUUGAGGUGAAAAACACUGAGCGGCCACAAGAGUUUUAACUCAAAGAGGGUUGAAUUGUUUGAUCACAGCGUGGUGCCAGUUCUGUUUGUUUUAUGUAAAAUGCUAAAAAGGACUGUUUUUAAGGAAAGUUAAACUAUGGAAAACUCACACUGUUCAUCCAGGAAGUUAUUUUAUGAUAUUCCCACUUUUCGUUGGAUAUAGUUGCAAAUUUUCUGCACUUCCUGGAAUGCAAUCUUGCAUCAAAACUCCCUGAUAUUUAGCACUGUUGCAGUUUUUUUUCAAGAUACAAACCUUAAAAUUUUCUGAAACGCAGCAUCUGAAAGGAGUGAGGAGUCAUUUUCUAAGUGAGUCAUUUUGCCCAUUUUCCCAGCCAUCUUCUGCUCAGAGGAAAGAAAAGACGGCAGACAGAAAGGAAAUGGCACAACUGCUGCUUGGACAGAGUCACAGUGUGUUCGCAGGGUUUAUUUGACAGAACCCAUCAUCACAGUUAUUGUUGAGAUGAAAGCCCAACUCUCAGAGGCCCACUAGAACAAAAGCCAUUCGGACAACUCAGGAAACACCGAUUGGCACAAGCAGCUAGUUGGGCAGUUGUGAUGGCCCUGAGGUGGCUUGAAUAACUUUAACCUCUCAUCCUUUUUGGCUACUGUCAGGUCAUAAACUCUUUAAAAUGUAGAUUUUUAGCAUGUUUACAGAAAGAUAAAGCCACACUGAGAAUUCAUUUUAAUCAAAGCUGACUGAUCUUUCUUAACUGUGGUUUUGUGGCAUCUGACAACAAACGUCUACAGACUUAGUGAUUUGUUCGUCUUAACAUUAUUAAUGUGAGAGGUCUGUUCAUUUUGUACCAGACUAGAGUUUCUACAGUGUCUUGGAGUCACACUGUUUAUCGUGUUUAGUUUCCAUCUAUAUGGUCAUUUUUUGUCCCAAAAUAUGGAUACACAAUAGCUGUAUUUUUACAUGUGGUCAUGUAUAAACAGGACAGGCCACCCACAGUUAACCAUAAAAAACACACUCCCUGGAGCCAUACACAUUAUUGUCAUUGUUGAUUAAUCUGACGAUUGUUUUCCUGAAUAUUUGAUUAACCAUUUUAUCUACCAUAAUGUCGGAAAAUGUGAAAAGCCCCAGGAUGAUUUCCAAGUUGACAGAGGCCAUAGAGGCUAAGAUGCUGCUUGUUUUGUGUCACCAAUCAGCCAAAUCCAAAGAUGUUUGAUUUACAAUCAUACAAAACAGAAAAGAGCAGCCAUACUCCUUUAACAGCUGGAACCAGCAAAGUGUUUCGUGACACAAAUCAAUUAGCAAAACCGUUGCCUGUCAAAUUUUUGUAGAUUAAUUUCCAAUUAAUCUAGGCUCCAGCCCCCCCGUGACCCUGCAAAGGAUUCAGCGGUGUAUAGAUAAUGGAUGGAUGGAUGGAUGGAACUGAUUAAUCAACCGUUAGAGCUGCAUUAUCGGUUCUCGCUUACGUUUUGUAAUUUAUUUGGGUUGUUAGCGCCCCCUUUUGGUGGUUUGGUGGAUACUGUCAGUUCACUCUUUUUUUUUUUUUCCAAAGCAAUCCGGAAAAAACUGCACCAAUGGAUUGUUUGACCGCUGGCUGUCAGUAGCAUUUAAACAAUAACUGCAGACAUUUUGGCUUAUUGUAUAAAUGAAGAGCGUGGCUUUUGCAGUUAGGAAGUAAUUUCUAAAGUUUCAUGGAGGUAAAAGGUCAGUAAUUGUCAGGAUAAGUUUGCUAAACAGUAAACCGGUGCCCAUUCCUGUUAAAAUAGCUCAGCUGAGAAUGAAAUAUUUAAAUCCAUUGUGUUCCACUCUGCUGAAGAUGCAGCCAUGUGUCUUCAGGACAUCCCCCUGCUUUUUGUUUUCUCCUUCUAGUUUAGAGAAAAUGGUUUAUUUACUCUCCUGUUUAUUCUGUUUUGUUAGGAUUUGAACUUUCUUUAAAACUCUGGCCCGCAUGGAAUCCCAUUCGAUAAACGGUGGAUACAAUAGCUGGAAGCCCUCUCGAUGCUUUCCUGUUGGCUUCAUAUAUAUAUACUUAGAGAAGCCAGUUCCUCCACCUCACUCUCGUUCUCCUCCUUCUCUCCUUGUUUGCCUCACAUUAUCUCUACCACACCGUCUCGCUCUGUCCUCUAAUCAGCUAAACCAAACAGUGGAGUCAACUUCCUGUCCAUCUGGGGCGUUGCGCCCGCCCCUUCCUGUCCGUGUUAUCUCUCCCGUGAGCUAACACAUUGUGCUCGCUUCCUGUUAGCCGGGCCUGGGAAACAAUCUUGGAGAGGAAAAGGGAGCGAGGCAAGUAGAAACUCUGGACGAGGUUGGGGGUUAACAAGAAAGAAAGAUGAAGAGAACAAUGUCGAGCAGUGAUGAGUUUUCCAGCUGAGCAGAAACACUUCAGAACAAAGAUGCGUGUGAUGAAACGCUGAGACACAUCGCACAUGCAAGCGGUGUUAACAUCCUGUUGCUCUGGCACCUUUAUGAAUCAACACUGAACGCAACGCUCAGAAAUCAAUCAGGAUUACCCACAACUGAAUCUUUGAAUUUAUUUUAGAAAAGUCCCCACUUGAAUGGCUCCAAGCGGCAGAAAAAUAAAAUAAUGUGAAGGGCUUUUAGCCUCAAUUAUGCCUCUUAUGUUAUCAUUUUUGGAUUUUAAAAGUUUGCACUGAAGAUUGCAUUUGUCUCAGCUUUUAUUACUGCUGUAGACAUUUCCAAAAUCCAACCACAACUUGUCGAUGAGCCAUGUGUCACCCUCAUUGAACAAACAAUGGCUAACUUUUCUGGCUGCCAUCUUUGUUUGGGUCGGAGAAUGAUGGCCGACCUUGUGAACCGAGUUAAAAUUCUGCUUCAAAAGCUGCUCCAUUAUCUACUUUCCUAACAGCAAUAAGUGUUGCAUGUAGUCGAAAAAUCUGCGACGUCUUGAGGGGUAGGCAACAAUUUUAACCAGCAGUGUUUGUGUUAUUUUUAAGUUCCAAAACUGUGCGUACAAAACUUCCAUAUUACAUUCACACUAAAAGGGUCAUUAAUAGAAUACAACAAUUAUUAAACAGGAGCACAUGUUCAGCGUGUGAUUCCUUUUAAGAAGUGUCAUUUUUGUUUUUAUUUUGUGUGCUGGCACCAUAAUGACAUGUACAUAUUGUUUUGGAGUGAAAACUGAAAUUCGUUCCUUACAAACCCAUAUUUUUGAUUUCAGGUUGACAUUUUUAGUCAUUUCCAGUCAUUUCUAGUGUUAUUCGCUGCUCCACAGUGACACGUCAGCAUCUGCAAAAUCCAUUAAGUCACGCUGAUGCCAUUUUGUCAAGUUGAGUAAUUUGAUAUUCUGAAAAAAAAAAGUGCCAUUUUAAUUUUCUUUUGUUGGCCAUUGAUGUGUGAGAGGCUGCGUGAGAGCAUUUGUCUCCUCUAUCAAACGGUGAAUCACUUUGGAUCCAGACAGUGAAAAUAAAUCUCUCAGGUUGGGAUCCAGGCACAACAAAAGUUGUUCACCUUUAUUUCAAGAAACAAUCAUGUAUCAAUAUACUAACUUCACAAACCAGACCUUUAAGUGAUUUAACAUUCAUUUCAUCUGCCAUAUAACAUUGAGGGGUAACUCUGAGUGAAAUGUACAUAGAAAAAAAAAUGUGCCUAAUAGUUUUUUUUUCUCUGGCCUCACCUUGUUUAUAUUUUGCCUCAGUUACUGUCUUUAGAAGAUGUUAAACUUGACACAAUCUCUUUUUAUUGCUGUAAAAAGUAACAAAAGGUUCAUUUUCUACAAAUGAAAGAGAGCAGUCUUUCAUGCACGAGUGAUGCCCGGGUGAAUAUGUGAUUUUCUGUAUGUGUCGUGUGUGUGUGUGCUUGUGACUGUACCCAUGUACAUACACACAAAUGGGUGUCAACCUAACAAAAAAUAGCAAACGCAUAGAAAUACAUUUUUUUCUUGUGUAAAUACAGGGAGGGUCUUCAAGGGAAGCAACAUGUGCCUUUAUUCUUUAAAAAAAAAUACUGUAAUUCAUUUUUUGAUGGCGAACACAAUGUUUUCUAUAUUGUUUUUAUGGUGUAUAGCAACUACUUUUUAUUACCUGACAUUUUUGUAAGUGUAGAAUAAAAAUAAACUCACAAAUAUG